AUGGCGAUUGAAAAUAUCCCGACUUCACAAACCCUCAAACAGGCCUUUGAGUUGAACAUCUAUACUCCCGACGGAGUCCCUGUACCUUUUGGGUCUCUCUUCGAGCCUCACGGUGCCACCGCCGACGACCACGACAAAACAGCCUCAACCUCGUCCUUGUCUUCAGCCUCGCUCUCGCCCUCGACCUCGAAUCAUAUCCUUGUGGUGUUCAUCCGUCAUUUCUUCUGCGGAAACUGCCAGGAAUACAUUCGUCGAUUGUCCUCGCCGGCAAGUCCUUUCCACCCUACUCGACGACGAGCAUAUCUCAAUUUCUCCAAACCAAACACCCACCCACCACCAUCUGUAAUCAUAAUAGGGCCUGGAUCACCGAGUUUACUGUCCUCUUACGCUGCACUGACAAAAUGUGCGUACCCCAUCUAUGCCGACCCGUCAACACAACUAUACGAUAUGCUGGGCAUGCACAAGACAUUGUCUAUGGGAGGCAAACACCCAGAGUAUAUCCAGCACAACCUCCUUAGCGGCGCGGUCAAGUCGGCAUGGCAGAUUGUCAAACGUGUGGGUAAUGGGGAUGCGUUGGACGGAGGAGACUGGCACGUCAACGGCGGUGAAUUUCUCUUUGUCCAAAAGGACACCUUGGGCCAGUCGGUUUCAAGGAAGAAGUCCCAUCCAACUUCGAGAUCAAGAUCAAAAUCCAACUCGCCGCCUCCACAGCCAGGAUCACGGACCCGUUCGUCAUCGAGAGACCUUACACCCUCUGGAUCAGCAUCUUCGUCAGGGGCAAAACCAGGGUGGGAAGUGCACUGGUGUCACCGCAUGGCGAACUCUCGUGAUCACACGGAGAUUCAGGACUUGUAUCACAAUACGUGUUCGUCGUCGGCAUUUUCUCUGCCUCGCCCUGGUUCACGAACAGCCUCACCUACUCCGCUGCGCUCUAUUCUGGUCAAUGGAGGCGGUGGUCACGCCAGUCCCUUCGGGCUGCUCACCCAGUCCCGCCGUCCACGAUCGCAGUCGGGGUCCAGGGCCAGAUCACUGAGCCGGAGUUACUCGUCUGAAUGUCUGGGGGCGUGUCCGGGCCCGGAUAUUCCGAAGACCCGCGAAGAAGCACUCCUCAGCCAAGCCUUGUAUGCAUCUGCAUCUACCCGUCCAGGGUCGAAAGCAAGUCUUCGACCGAAAUCAAGGAGUCUAAGUGGAAUCUCGAGUAGUGAUAAGCAUCAAUGGUCGAAAUCCGUGACCUCCCUAACGAGAGCCGACUCUGGUCUGGCCGAGGGAGUUGGCGAAGAUGUUGAGCCUCGGAAGAGCUUUAGCCAGAGUAUAGCAUCGAGGGUUGGAAUUCUAGCAAGAUCGAAGUCUUUCUCUGCGAAGGCGAACCCGCGGACGGAGGGCGUUGAUGAGCAUGCCGCGAAUCAGACUGGUGAAGGAGAGAGUAUGAGUGCAAGUGUGGACACAAGCACAAUUACGGGCGCGAAUGGAAGGAAACGAUCACUUUCGAGUCUUGUCAGGUCGGUGUCGAAGAAGUACAAGACGAGACCGGGCGUUGUGACACAAGUACGUCCCCAGACGGCGACACCUACAUCGUCGACUCAAUCGCUGACUCAGACGUCGGCGCAGUCUCGUCCCGACUCGGCAGUCUCCCUAUCAGCGCGCCACGCACAUGACGAGGAUGAGACUGAUAGAGAGGAGGAGGAAGAAGAAGGAGGAGGAGUCUCAUCUCAACCCACCACAGCGCAUGCACCUGCUCGACGCACAUCAUUUUCCCUUUCACGCCGUUCCAACAGACCGUCGCAGAGUCCGAGCAAGAUGUCACGGGGCGCCAGUACGAUAGAGAUGGGCGAGGAUGGAAUAAUGCUCGUCGACGGUGUCGAGUUUGUCAAUGUGAUAAGUCUGAAGGCCAGGGUAGAUGGUUCACGCCGGCAGAAUCAGCAUGAGCCUCGUCAUCAUCAUCAUCAUCAUCAUCAAAUGCAGCCUCAAAACCACACUGUCGGUCACACGCACGCUGAACUGGUCCCCCCUCAACCUCACACUCAAACUCACGCUUACGAGCACAAUCAAACUCAACUUCACGUCCACGACCGCAUGGCAGGAUCAGUACGGCCCGUGGGUUCGACAAUGGCGUUGGGAACGGCCGUUUUAUCUGUCCACGGGUGA